AUGACAGGCAUCAUAAAUUGCAUCAGAAAAGGGCAUCAGAACCAAACCAAACCAGACGAAAACAGCAUAAAGCUCAAUGGGACAGGAGACAGAAGAACCAAUGGCUUGCGGAGACAGGAAGGACAUAAGCAACUGCGGGGGGCUAGCACAAAUGGUAGUGCGUCAGACUCCAGAUCUGAAGGUUGGGCGUUCGAGUCGCUCGUCCCUCAUUUUUCCUCAUUUUUGUUGUGGUGUGUUGUUUUAUUGUUUUUCAUCUGGGUUGUUAUUUCAAUGCUAUUGUCGUUCCUGAUCUGGGAUGGUCUUCCUUUUACUAUAGCAAAGUCAAAAGGUCAAACCCACUGGGGAUCGGAGAGUAUAUAUGUUGGAGAUGAGGAAUAUACUUGUGGAGAUAUUACUGGACAACAAGCAUCUAAGACAUAUUAUCGCAGCUAUUCUUUUAGCCAGAAAACAACAAUUGUUUUGUAUAAAUAG